GGAGUACAACUAUUAAUCGUAGCAUUUGUUUUCUAUAAUCGGUAUAGGAGUUUGUCUCCGAUGCAGUCGAACCCGAACCGCCGAGAAUGGAUAAUACAAUCAUUGAACUUAUCGAGAAGGACCACCCCAAAAAGCAGCUGCCCUGGUACUAUGCGCCCAGUUUUUUGCUUCUAUGGGUCGCGCUCUUCUUUGCUGUGGUUUUUCCGCUUUUCAAUUCCCUGCCCACACCGGUGAAAAUUGAUGAGGAAACUACGAAACCGGGUCAAUUUGUGGCGGAGCGUGCUCAGUACAUAUUAUUGGAGCUGGAUCGUUUGGGACCCAAAAUAGUCGGCGAUGAAAUGAACGAGAAGACAAUGGUGGAGUUUAUGCUCAGGGAAAUUGAAGCCGUGCGUGGGGACAUGCGACAGGAUCUGUACGACAUGGAGGUGGAUGUGCAACGGGCAUCCGGCGCCUAUCUGCACUGGGAAAUGAUUAACAUGUAUCAGGCCGUGCAAAAUGUGGUUGUCAAGCUGAGUACGAAGAGCUCAAAUAGCACAUCCUAUCUACUCAUCAACAGUCAUUACGACACCAAGCCGGGCAGUGUGGGUACCGGAGAUGCUGGCUUCAUGGUGGUCACCAUGCUGGAGGUGAUGCGGCAAUUGGCCACAUCCGAACAAACGUUCGAGCAUCCGAUUGUCUUUCUAUUCAAUGGCGCCGAGGAGCAGCCGCUCCAAGGCUCACAUGCGUUCAUCUCACAGCACAAAUGGUCGCCCAACUGCAAGGCGCUGAUUAAUCUGGAUUCCGCCGGUGCCGGUGGUCGUGAGAUCCUCUUUCAAGGCGGUCCCAAUCACCCCUGGCUAAUGCGGCACUAUAGAGACGCCGCCAAGCAUCCGUUUGCAACAACAAUGGCCGAGGAGGUAUUCCAGGCUGGCAUCAUACCCUCCGACACAGACUUUCGAAUCUUCCGUGACUUUGGUCCAGUGCCAGGUCUGGAUAUGGCGGGUCAAUAUAAUGGUUUCGUGUACCACACAAAAUACGAUCGCUUCGAUGUGAUAUCCCGAGACUCUCUGCAGAAUACGGGCGAGAAUCUGCUGUCGCUGGUGCGUAGUAUCGGCAAUGCGGAAGAGAUGCACGAUACUAAGGCACACUCCGAGGGUCACUCGGUGUUCUUUGAUUUCCUGGGCCUGUUCUUUGUCUACUAUCUGGAGUCCACAGGUAUUGCCCUCAACAUUUGCUUCGGCCUCGGUGGCAUUAUUCUGGUGUGCGUGUCCCUGUGGCGCAUGACAAGGACAACAGAACUUGACAUUGGAUCCGUAUCGGGCGCCUUUGGUAUUAUGUUUCUAUUGGAGCUGGCCUCGUUUGUGCUAGCCCUAGGCCUGCCAGUGCUCAUGGCAGUAUUCUAUGAUGCCGGCGAUCGCACCUUGACAUACUUCACCAACAGCUGGCUGGUAAUCGGACUCUUCAUUUGCCCCUCGGUCAUUGGCCUGGUGUUGCCCUUUACACUCUACUACACCCUGAGGCCCAGUAGCAAAAUACCGCACACCUAUCAUCUGCAAAUGGCCGGCCACGCCCAUUGUGUGUUUUUAGCCAUUGUGUGCAUUAUAUUGACAAUCGCAGGUCUGCGCAGCGCCUACCUCUUCAUGAUCUCCCUGCUCUUCUAUGUGGGUGCACUGACCAUCAAUUUGCUCAGCAGCCUGCAAGAUCGCGGCUACUUCUGGUCGCUUGUGCUGUGUGCGUGCCAGGCAAUGCCCUUUCUUUAUUUCAGCUACUUGUUUCACGCUUUUCUUGUCAUUUGCAUUCCAAUGACGGCGCGUAAGGGCACCGAGGUGAAUCCGGAUCUGCUGAUUGCCCUCUUGUGUGCAUUGGGCUCAAUUCUUGCGCUAGGCUUUUUGGUUCCUCUCAUUAAUAUCUUCCGGCGUCCGAAUUGCAUGAUAGGCGGUCUGGCGCUCAUAACCUUUAUAUUCUGCAUGAUAUCCGUUUCGGAGGUGGGUUUUCCCUAUCGCCCUAAAACGAAUGUGAUGCGGGUUAACUUUUUGCAAGUCCAUCGGAAAUUCUAUGAAUAUGAUGGCUCCGUUAGCCUGGAGGAUUCUGGCUAUUAUUUCGAUCUACAGGAUCGUCGUCUGGAACUGCCGCUGCGUGACAAAGUGGACUUUGACGGCUUGGUGCACCUGGAGGGCGAAUGCGAUGCCCAAAUGAUGUGUGGUGUGCCCUGCUUCAAUCAUCGCUGGUGCGAGGCACGCACAGCAGCUCGCUGGCUGCCCCGUAAGGAACCUGUCGAAGUGCCCGGCACCACAACCCUGGAACUACUGAACAAGACGACACUAGCUGGCGGCUAUACGGCGCGCUAUCAGUUCAAGCUGACGGGGCCCGCACGCAUGAGCAUAUUCCUGAAGCCCUUGUCUGGAGUGAAAAUGCAGGACUGGUCCUUUUUGCGGGGUAUGCUGGAUAAUCCCGGCACUUACAAGCCGCCAUAUCACAUAUUCUUUGCCUGGGGCGUCGACAGCUCGCCCAUUGAGUUUCACCUGGACCUGACGAAAGUGAAUGGCAACUUCCUGGAGCCCGUUUUCGAGAUUGGCAUCUCCGGUCAUUAUAUAAGUCAUGUGCACAAGCGGGAUGCGUACAGCGUGCAGUUUAUAGAGGAUCUUCCAGAUUUUGUGCACGCCAUGGAAUGGCCAGCCUCCUAUGACCGCUAUAUAUAUUAAUGAUUAAUUGUUUUAGUAUAAUAAAA